AGCACGUGACCGCACACAUAGAUAUAAACAUGGCGGCCCGACGGUGAGGAGAAGUACCGCGAUUCUUUAAAACUUCUCUAAAUUUUGUGCAAAGUUCUUGGCAGCAGCGCAGACCGCGAGGCGAACACUUCCGGGUCGCUUUGGUUGGAUGUUGUAUCGUCAGAAUUCGGAUACUUCCGACUAUGUUCGCAGCUUUUCGCUUUAGUUAGUUUCCAUGCCAGCCCGUGCUCAUGCGCGGUGCGGACUAGCAUUAUCCUAACGACCCGUUUUUCAUUUUUUAAUUCUGAAUUCGCCACUUUUCUGCUCUUCUGCCGCCAGUUGUCACGGCAGCCGGAGCACAGGUGAGCAUCAGCGAGGAGAACAGCUGCAUGUCUGUGAGGAGGAAGCUCAUCAGAGGAACCUCUGUGCAGAUGGAUGAAGAAGAGGAGGAUGACCUCCAGGACGGCCAGGCCGAGUCUGCAGCUCUGCCAAAGAUGAGAGCGAAGAGGCGCAGAGAGACCAAGUCCAAAGAGAUGUCAGAGGAGGAGAUGAUGGACCUGGCCCUCCGUCUGAGUGAACAGGAGGCCAGCGCCACAGAGCUGCGGCAGCAGGAGGAGGAGGAGGCAAUGAUGAAGGCCAUCCAGCAGAGCAUGUUUGACCAAACCCAGCCGUUCCAAACCGCCUUCUCCAGCGGGUCACCACACCUUCUGUCUCGACGGAAGCUCUCGUUUCCAAACGGGGAGAAGCUGUUUCGAGGCAGUCCGGCAGGUCUGGACAGCGGGUGCUCACCUGAACCCUUCUCAGAAAAGACAGAGGAGAUCCGGAAAAAAAGGUUGAAGAAAUCAGGAAGUCAUCUGCCGGAGAUGCUGGAUCUGUCCCAAGCGGAGAGAACAGACUCUGAAGCUUCAGCUGACUCCUGCAACCCUCCCCCUGCUCCUCUAGACUCCCCACAGAGCUCUGACUCCACCCGGAUCGACGAGUCUGAGCCUCAGGAGUCGCCGGUGUUCCCGCUGACCGGCUGCAGGGCUGUAGUCCACGUGGACCGACUGAGCGAGGAAGUGGUGGAUAGCUGCAGACACUCUGGGUUUGUGUCUUCUUCUCAGGACACUUGGAGCUGGACGCAGAAGUCCACCUGGACCAGAAGCCCCACCUUUCCCCAGAGUAACCCUAAAACCCCCGGUAGCCCAACCGCAGGCCCAGAGCUUGUCUCCUCCUCUCAGGAAAGUCCCACGCCCCCUUUAAGUUGCAGAAGCCCAGUGUUCCUCCGAAGCCCCUCGGAGAUCCUCAGCACUGCUGCCUCACAACAGAGGAGCCCCCCACACAUGCAGACCCCAGGGCGGGACGACCAGAACUGCAGACAGCUUCCUGCAGUCGCAGAGGAGCAGAGGAAUGCAUCGUGCAGCUACACGCCGCCUGGCAGCAACAUGAUGCUGGUCUGGUCAGACGAGGACGACGUCACGCUGCUCAGGUCUCCAAGUCCGGUUUUCCCCAAAGAAAGACGCCUUUACGGGACUGAAGCUCCAGCAGCUUCAAUGGACAACGCUGCACCCAACCACAGCAGCUCAGACCAACACUCCUCUUCUACAUCUGCUCCCGCCUGCAGAAAAGAACCAGCCACCUCCACAGAGGAAGUUCUCAGGCCUGCGUGCAGAGAGACCCCUGGUGGACAGACGGUGCACUACUUUUGGGGUAUCCCCUUUUGCCCCCUUGGUCUGGACCCUGACGCAUACACCCAGGUAAUCGAGGCGCAGAUGGAGGUUUACGAGAAGAGCCUGAAGCAGGCGCAGAGGCGUUUGCCCAGGAAGGCCGAGUGGGCGGAGCCAAUCCUGCCGGAGCCAGAGAAAGCUUCAUCACCUGAAACAGCGGCGGGAUCUCCUCGUCUUCGUGCUUCUCAGAGACCAGGCCUCAUGCUGAGAAGAGGAAGGACCACCGAGGAGCAUCCAGACCAGGAGGAAGAGGAGCAGCACCAGGAGGAAGAGCAGAAGGAUGCUGAUAUUUGUCCAGAAACGCAGCUGAGCGGAGAAGACGGCGCGGGGGGGCGGAGCCUGCCGACAGAACCGCCUUUUCCUGGAUGCCCUGAGCCGCCGGAGGUCCAGGUGAUCCUGCAGGAUGAUCAUAGUGACGGCUCAGCACAAACUGUGGACCGAGGUCCUGCAUCUCCUGGGGGGGUGGAGGUGACAGAAGCAGGAGAUCCCACUUCAGAGGCAGCUGUGGUCCCCGGCAGCCCCCCCACCUCGGUGGACUGCCCCAUCUGUCAGCUGUCCUUCCCUGCCGGCGACAUUGAGAUGCACGCUGCAUUCUGCAACGGGGGGGUGGCGGAUGAUGGGACGAGCCUCUCAGGUUUCCAAGAGUCCCCGAAGCCUCGACGGCAAAGAGCGAGGAGAGCAGAGGCAGCAGAGAGCAGCCAGCCGUCAGACGCCUGCAGGAUUUUAGAGAAGUGCUUCAUCUGCCAGAGCGCCAUUCCUCUCAGAGAGUACAGCCACCACACGGAGCUCUGCAUCCGGCGCCGGAGGUCCAAGCUUGCAGCUAAGGGGAACCUGCUGUCGGCGCUGCAGGACACCGAGAGCAGGAGCGCAGAUCUCCAAGCAUCCGGGUCCAAAGUCCAGCCCGAUGAUGUCAUCGACCUGCGCAACGACGACCCCGACGCCUCCCGGGUCACUGACUCCCCCAUCAGAACCUUGACUCCCAUCUCUGAGGUCACGGACUGCCUAGUCGACUUCAAGAAGCAGAAUCGGGCCAAGAAGCCCAGCCAGAGGAGGAGAUGACAGUUGUAGCUUUCCCUCUGGAUCCUCAGAUCCCUCCCCUCAGCUCCAGUUGCUUAGAGGUCUUUAUCUCCAGCUGGACCUGGUCUUCAGUUUCUGAUCCUGGAGGAAACUUUUCGCACAAAACUGAUUAAAACACAAACUUAAGCAAAUUUAAUUUGAAGGUUUCUUUAUUUUCUUAUAAAAUAAAAGACUUUGAUCUUCA